AUGACACAAUUCAAAUGGUCUUCCACUGGCAUUGAUGUGGUAAAUGCGUUUCCAAGGAGCGUCAACCACAAGACAAUCGUCAUCACAGGUGCCAGCCAAGGCGGAAUUGGCGCUGAAACAGCCCUAUCACUAGCCCACGGAAAUCCAAAGCACAUUCUGCUCGCCGGGCGUUCAGAAGACAAGGUCAAACCCGUCAUCGAGGAGAUAAACAAGAUAAAUCCAGGCAUCACAGUUACAUUUAUUCAAAUCGAUCUAGGAUCACAAGCAUCGGUGAGACGUGCAGCAGCAGCUAUCAACAAUGCAACAACCUCGCAGAUCGAUAUCUUGAUCAAUAAUGCGGCGAUCAUGGCGUGUCCGUAUGCUAAGACGGAGGAUGGAAUCGAGUCUCAAUUCGGCACUAAUUAUAUCGGACAUUUUCUCUUGACGAACCUGUUGAUUGGAAAGAUGCAGUCGGCGGGGGGAGGGGCCCGGAUUGUCAAUCUUACAAGCACUGGCAGCGCAGCGGGAGAGGUUAACUUCGACGAUAUCAAUUUUGACGAUGGAAAGACUUAUAACCCGAUUGCCGGUUAUGCGCAGUCCAAAAUAGCAAUCAUUCUCUUCACGGUGAGCCUUUCGAAGAAGUUCGAUAGCAAGCAGAUUGCGUCCUUCUCUGUUCAUCCUGGCAGUAUAACUACGGGGCUGCAGAAACACUUCCAAGAUCCAGUUGUCUUCAAGGAGAUCGUCGAGUACGUAGAAGCUAAGAUUGGAGGCAAAUUCCAGCUCGAAGAAAUCAAAACACUUCAACAAGGUUGUUCUACCACCUUGGUAGCAGCCCUGGAUCCCUCAAUUACAGCUUCUUCUGGCCUAUACCUCGCCGAUGCAGAUAUCGCAAAGGAACAACCUAAACCUGCCGCCAUGGAUCCGGACACAGCUGAGAAGCUCUGGGCCUUGAGCGAGAAAUUAGUGGGUCAGAAAUUUGUAUGGUAG